AUGUCGCUUAACCAGCUAUCUAUGCUCCUGGGCCUUCCGGACUCGGACUGCAAACAGAUACUCGACUACGGAUCCACACUUUCCAAGGCGGAGGCGGCAGAUCACUUCAAGAACUUGCUUGGCGACUCACCUCGGGCCAUCGAGUUCAUCUCGUCCUUCAACUCGCGGCGACAGGACCCGAAACCCGCUCCCGCUCCCGCUCCAGUCACACAGCAAAACGCCUCUUCUGACUUAGAGGCGGUGCCAAAAACGCAAAGGGGCCCCAAGAAGAAAAAGGCACCACUACGAACGCCAGCCCCGCGGCAAAUCACAGACGCGGCCCCGGCCUCGGGAACCGUCUACAGCAAGAAGUCCAUCGAGGAUGACUACAUAGCAGGCCGGUCCGGCGCGUCGACGCCCGGAUCGGGCAGCAACAACUCACCCUUCACGGCGCCCCCGCCAAAGUCCUCCACGCCACCACCAAAGAAGUUCAGCAAGCAGCCCCCCUCGGCUGCCGGGUCCCUCGUCUCGGACCGCCUGGCCCCCAAGCAGAAGCCAAAGUCGAACCCGACCUCGCGCAGCUCGACGCCCGGGCCGGCUGCGCCCAGGGGGAACGGCGGCGGCCCGGUCACCAAGGUGUCCAUCGCGGGCGGCACGCCCAUGCACGGCGCCUCGACGGCCGUCGCGGACCUGGACGCCGCCAUCCGCUCGCUGGAGGUGACGACGAACCCGUCGCUGUCCGGCUCCGGCGGCGGCGGCGACUCCUCGGCGCGGCGAUGCAACUGCGUGGCGACGAGGCACCCGCUCCAGAGCGCCGCGCCCAACUGCCUCAGCUGCGGCAAGGUGAUCUGCCUAAAGGAGGGCCUGGGCCCGUGCACGUUUUGCGGUGCGCCGCUCCUGUCACCCAGCGAGGUGCAGUCCAUGAUCCAGGAGCUCCGCGCCGAGCGCGGCCGCGAGAAGCAGGCGGCAGACCGCCAGGCACACAAGCGGGCCGACGUGGCGGCCAAGCCCAGGCCCUUCACCAAGCCGCGGACGGGCGACGAGGCCACCGCGGACGGGCUCGGGGAGGCGGAGGCGCGGGCCCUCGACCGCGACAGGCUCCUCGGGUUCCAGGCGCAGAACGCGCGGCGCACCACGGUCAGGGACGAGGCCGCCGACUUUGACGUCUCGGGCGCCAUGGCGGGCUUCGGCGGCAGCCUGUGGGCGUCGCCCGAGGACCGGGCGCGGGAGCUCAAGAGGCAGCAGAAGGUGCUGCGCGAGAUGGAGUGGAACGCGCGGCCAGACUACGAGAAGAGGCAGCAGGUCGUCAGCAUUGACCUUGUCGGCGGCAAGGUUGUGAAGAAGUUCGUGGCAAAGGAGAGGCCCGCCACGCCUGACGAGGAGGAUCAGGACGAGCUUUUGGGCUCCGGCGCGGGGGGUGGCGGCGGCGGCGGAGGCGUCCUAGAGGAAACAAGUGCGAACAGGCGGCCCGGGGCCGGGGGCGCUUUCAGCAGGAACCCGUUGCUCAGCGGGAUGAUCAGGCCGGUCUACGACGCCAGGGGCAAGGGGGCCGAGCUGGAGGGCCGCAAGGACAGGGCGGCGGCGCGGUGGAGGAGGGUGCAGGACGACCUCGACGACAACGAGGCCGUCAUCCUGGACGGUGGCGUCUACGGCGGGCAGCAGGGCGCGAGCACAGGGGGCGCGGGUGAUGAGCCCGCCUGCGGAUAG